AUGGCACCUUCUUCUAGCUCUAGUAUCUCUCAAUUACUAAUUGUGCUUAUUCUACUCAAAUUCUCAAUUUACAAUGUUGCGAUAUUCAUCAAUAGUGUUGAUCCCCGUUCUCUAUCGUUGGAUUACUACAAAGAAACAUGUCCAAAUGUUCUAGACAUUGUAAAAACAGAGAUGGAAUGCGCUGUUCUAUCUGAUCCACGUAAUGCAGCCUUAAUCCUCCGCCUCCAUUUCCAUGAUUGCUUUGUUCAGGUCAUCCAAAGUUCCUAAUUAGGCUUAAUUCAAUUAUCAUAAAAAAACUGACUUUAAUUCUAAUUGAAGGGAUGCGACGGGUCAGUUUUGUUGGAUGAUACAGCAACAUUGAAAGGCGAAAAGACAGCAUCCAUCAAUAAAGAUGGUCUUAAAAAUCAAGGCUUUAUAAUCAUAGAUAGGAUCAAGAACAAACUUGAAUCUGAAUGCCCUGGCAUUGUAUCUUGUGCAGACAUCCUAGCCAUCGCAGCAAGAGAUGCCACUCUUCUCGUUGAGGGACCAUAUUGGGAUGUUCCAGUUGGAAGAUUGGACUCGAAAAAGGGUGGUUAUAGUCUUGUUGAUGAAAAUCUUCCUGCUGCUAAUGAAAAUCUUGUCUCAAUUAUCUCAAAGUUUCUAUAUCAAGGCCUUUCUGUCACUGAUAUGGUUGCUCUUUCAGGUGCUCAUACAAUUGGAAUGGGGAGAUGUGAGAAUUUCAGGUCAAGAAUUUAUGGUGAUUUUGAAGCAACUUCUGGGUAUAAUCCAACUUCUGAAGCUUAUGUAAAGAAUUUAAGAUCUAUUUGUCCAGCUGAUGGUGGAGAUGAUAAUGAAGAAGCUGCCAUGGAUUACUAUUCACCUAACCAUUUUGAUAAUUCUUUCUAUCAUAUACUUUUAAGAGGGGAAGGAUUAUUGAACUCUGAUCAAGAACUUUACUCUAGUGUGUUUGGGAUUGAAACCAAGAAGUUGGUCAAGAGAUAUGCUGAUGAUAAUGUUGCUUUUUUCGACCAAUUUUCGAUUUCCAUGGUGAAAAUGGGAAAUAUUACCAACCCUGAAACUUAUAAUGUUGAUGGUGGAGAAGUGAGGAAGAAUUGCAGAUUUGUUAACACAUGAUUAU